AACUGAUGCAAGAAGGACAACCGGUUAAGUUAGCUCGAGAUUGUUAAGGCGCAGACCUUGGAUCUGCAGGCCAUUCGCCUCAUCUUCCUGUGGGUAGAUUUACCUGAGCAGUUUGCUGCAGCUUUUUUUGCAGCCACACAUGCCGAAUCCAAAAAUGAGCGACUACGACGAGACCACGUCGUUUCUGGGCAACUACGGGUCUUUUCAAAUUCUUAUAAUUGUUCUGCUCGGAUUAAGUGGGCUUCCUUGCGGAUACAUGGGCGUGAUCGUGGUUUUUGUUUCGGAUACACCCGAGCACCACUGUAAAGUGUGGAGCAACUCCACGAUCGACGGCGCGCACGUCGAGCCGCCCUUCCACGAGCGCAGCAGCUGGAUCGGACCUGACAGCUGUUCGCGGUACAAAGUGCGCGCCAACUGGACGGGGCCAGUGGAGCUGGGCAAUGACACGGAGGAGUGUGUGGAUGGUUGGGUCUACAGCACUGAGAGAUACACUGCCACCAUUGUGUCUGAGUGGGAACUGGUGUGUGACAAUGCAUGGAAGGUCCCUUUUUCCACGUCCCUAUAUUUUGUUGGAGGCCUGUUUGGAUCCUUUAUUAGUGGCCACUUCUCAGACCGGUUUGGCAGAAAGCCUGUGUUUUUUUUCACCUUGGUCUUCAUCCCAGUCACUGCCUUGAUCCAGGCCACCUCUGUCAGCUGGGUCAUGUUCUGUAUCUUCAACUGUCUGAAAGGAGUUGUCACGAUAUCCAAUUACCUCACGUCGCUCGUACUGGGGGCCGAGAUGCUGAGUGAGUCUGCCAGGGUGAGCUACACUUUUCUGGGCCAUAGUCUGGGUUUUGGCCUCGGUUAUGCUUUGUUGCCGCUCUUUGCCUACUUCAUACGAGGCUGGAGGAUGCUGCUGGUUGCUUCCGCCAUUCCCGGCCUCCUGAUUGUUCCGACAUGGUGGCUGAUUCCUGAGUCUCCACGUUGGCUUUUGCAGAAAGGUCGGGUGGAGGAGGCUGAGCUCGUCAUACGCAAUGCUGCAAAAAUGAACCGAGUCCCCGUCCCUGAGGUCUUAUUCAAGGCUGGAGAGUGCUCAGAGCUGCAACCUCAAGAUGAAGCCCAGCAGACAUUCACAUAUAUGGACCUGAUACGCACCCGUAACAUGAGGAAUAUUACAAUUCUAGGUGUUUUCAUAUGGAUGUCGGUGGCCAUGGUCUUUUAUGGCCUCGCUCUCAAUACUAGUAACUUGAAUGGAAACAUCUACGUCAACUGCUUCAUCUCUGCAGCCAUCGACAUUGGGAUGUACUUAGCCACUUGGCUGCUGGUGAACCGGGCUCCGAGACCCAUUUUCCUCUUCUCCUCAAUGAUGUUUUGUGGCAUCAUGCUUCUGAUCAUCAAGCUGGUUCCUGAGGACAUGCAUCUCAUGUUUCAGGUGUUGGGCUUGCUGGGGCGGAUGGGCGUGUCUGCUGCUUACAGCUUUAUGUUCAUGUUCUUCACUGAGCUGAUCCCCACUGUCGUCAGGAACAUGGGACUAGGGGUCAACUCCACAGGUGCACGAAUAGGCAACAUCAUUUCUCCAUAUGUGAUUUACUUAGGUGUUUACAGCAAGAUCCUGCCAUAUUUGAUUUUCGGCACAUUCAGCAUCAUGGCUGCUGUUUUUAGCAUAUUGCUGCCGAACACCAGAAACAGCAAACUUCCGGACCUCAUCAGCCAGACCCAACCCAUCAGAAGCUGCCACUGCUGCUGUCCAAAGGAAACAGCUACAGCCCAGGAGCAUACAACUGAAGGCUGUAAGAAAAUGGACAAGAGUGCCACCUGCUGAAGGAAAAUCACAAAGCAAGAGUUGAGUGAUGACAGAAAAAGCCUUCAAAACCAGAAGAGCUCUUAGUAGAGCAGAUAACCUCAGACAAGGCUGAACAAUCCUGCACAUUACUGUUUAGUUCUUAUAGUAGAAAUAUGUAUAUAUAUAUAUAUAUAUAUUAAAUUGGAUCUGCCCCCAAAUCGCUUUAUAAAUGGUACUUAUACUGCUUUACAGUACAGUUUUUGCCAUUCACACUUUCUCUAUUACACAUCACGUCAGCACAGCCAUCAGGGGCCAAUUGGGGUUGAGUAUCUUGCAAAGAAAUUUAAGCAUGCAGAAUGUGGUAGACUGGGAUCAAACCGCAUUUCUGGCAGGAGACGACCCACUCUAUAUCUCCUGAGACACAGCCUCCCUAUCUUCUCCUUCUGCUGUGUAAAAGUAUCGUCCAACCCAUCCUGCUUUGCUGUUCCAUUUGUUUUCUUUAAAAUGCACAAGUCUUCUCACUCCCAACUUCUAUUAUUUAAACUGUGAGGCCAUCACUGGCAUCACGACCUCAGGACCACAGGACACCACUCACCCACUCAACUGACACUUUAAUGUAAUAUCAUCAGGUCACAGGUUCAGGUCGAUAAGAUGUAACAGGUCAAAAGCCUUGUGCGUGCAGCUUAGCAGCACUGAAUAAGACGGCACAUCAUUGUUUGAUCAUGUUUGUGAGAUAUCCUCGGGUGUUAUUGUUGUUAACGUUAUUAAUUAUGUGUAAUGUCUGCUGGGUGUUGCUGUAGCAUUUGGGGACAUGAUACGGAAUUUCCCAUAAAUGAACCAACAACAUCCUGUAAAAAUAGUGUUUCUUAGGUGAUGGUGAAACAUUCUCUUUCCAAACACCACAGAAUAAGCUGAAUUAUUAGAUUUGCUAAAAUUUGUAACUGUUAUGUACAUGGAGAGGUAACUGGGUUGAUUUACCCUUAGGUGCUAUACUUAAUAAACCUUGAACAUCCUG